CUGCCCUGGGGUCGUCACGUGAGGCCAGGGUCCCGCGGAUCCUCGCGGGGCAACCGUCGUAGAGACUGACACCGCUGGCUGCAACAUGAACGUCAUCUACCCACUGGCGGUGCCUAAGGGGCGCCGGCUCUGCUGUGAGGUGUGCGAAGCUCCGGCGGAGCGGGUGUGCACGGCCUGCACAGUCACUUACUACUGUGGUGUGGUGCAUCAAAGAGCUGACUGGGGCAGCAUCCAUGAGAAGAUAUGCCAGCUCCUGAUCCCGCUGCGCACUUCCAUGCCCUUCUACAACUCAGAGGAAGAACGGCAGCAUGGUCUGCAACAGCUGCAGCAGCGGCAGAAACAUUUGAUUGAAUUCUGCUACACUGUAGCCCAGAAAUACCUCUUUGAAGGAAAACAUGAAGAAGCUGUUCCAGCAGCUUUGCAUUCUCUUCGCUUCCGUAUGAACAUGCAUGGCCUGAGUUCAGUAGAGCUUGUACCUGCUUACUUGCUGUUGUCUGAGGCUAGUCUUGGUCUUGGUCGGAUCGUCCAGGCUGAAGAAUAUCUAUCCCAAGCCCAGUGGACAGUCCUCAAAUCCACUGAGUGCAGCUAUGCCACCCACUCUUUACUACAUCGAAACCUGGGACUUCUCUAUAUGGCUAAGGAAAACUACGAGGAAGCCCGUUAUCAUCUGGCCAAUGAUAUAUAUUUUGCCAGUAGUGCAUUUGGAACAGAGAACAUCAGGACCUCAGGAGGCUACUUCCACUUGGCUAAUAUCUUCCAUAACCUUAACAAGUUGGACCUGGCAGAUACCCUGUAUACCAAGGUCACUGAGAUCUGGCAUAAAUAUUUGAAUAAUCACUACCAGGUCCUCUCACAGUCUCGCCUCCAGCAAAUGGAUUUACUGGGCAAACAGUUUGAAAAUGACACUGGCUUGGAUGAAGCCCAGGAGGCAGAAGCCAUUCGGAUCCUCACUUCAACCUUCAGCGUUCGAGAAUCUACAUAUAACAAAGCCCCAGAAAAAACCGUCUUUGUUCUGAAAACCCUGGUCAUGCUCUACUACCUGAUGAUGAAUUAUUCAAAGGCCCAGGAAUAUGCCACGAAAGCCUUCACCUUAGCCAAAGAAAAACUCAGUGUCCAUGAACAAAACACCAUUCAAGAGUUAUUAAAUCUCAUCUCAGCCGAACACUCUCGUUCUCAGUGA